UUGUCAACCAUUUCGAUCGCAAUUCCGAAAGAAAAAAAAAAUUAAUCACUAAAAAUUAUUUAAAUGGCUCCGAUCGCCGUUGGAGAUACCCUACCGGAAGGAACUCUUGCUCACUUUGACGAGCAAGAUCAGCUCCAGCAGGUCUCUAUUCACACUCUCGCCGCCGGUAAGAAGGUCGUUAUCAUCGGCGUUCCCGGUGCUUUCACUCCUACUUGCAGCUUGAAGCACGUGCCUGGAUUUAUCGAGAAAGCUGAUGAGUUGAAAUCGAAGGGAGUUGCUGAAAUUCUUUGCCUUAGCGUGAACGACCCCUUUGUAAUGAAGGCAUGGGCCAAAACUUACCCUGAGAACAAGCACGUUAAGUUUCUUGCUGAUGGCUCUGCUACAUAUACCCAUGCUCUUGGACUUGAGCUUGAUUUGAACGAGAAGGGACUUGGAACUCGGUCGAGGAGGUUUGCUCUAUUGGUUGAUGACCUUAAGGUGAAGGCUGCAAAUGUCGAACAAGGCGGCGAGUUUACAGUAUCUAGUGUUGAUGAAAUUUUAAAGGCUUUUUAAGUUACUGGUGAAAGUGAUGUCAAUGUAGUGUAAUGUGGUGUUCCUAUGUAAUCCACCCUGAAUGUUGUUCUUGUGGAUUUCAAGGGAGCAUUGCCUCUUUUGUUUUGAAACAGCAAUGUUAUCUUUAUCGUAAUAAAGAAGUGGCUACUUCUAUUCGGAUUGAAA